GGCUACUACCCAAAUUGCCCGCAUUCAAAUUCAUUCCAAGUAACAACGCUUCACUGCACUGAAGCGCCUCACAAAACCCUCACCGAAACCACAAGAAUCAUAAUUUCAUCUCAAUCCUUCAACCUUCCCUCACUCAUCACAAUCACAACACAACAACAUAACAUAACUCUCUUCUUCUUUCAAUUCAUGGAUUCUUCUUCUCAUCAACAAAACCCUUGUCUCCUCAUCACAGACAAACCAACCCAACAACAAGAACCUCUUCUCCCUCUUCCUCUUCCCCUGUCCCCUCUCGCAACCCCCACCAGAUCACCAUCCCCCGCCGUCCCUCGCAGCACCACGCCGCCGCCGGAGUUACCGGAUUCCGCCGGGGUACGACGCCGCUGCAAAACCAGAGCACCCCAAACGGCGUCCCCAAGGAACCCUCGCAAAUCGCGGCGGCGCUCCGAGCUCGAGAUUCGAGAAGAAAAAGAUUCAACCUUUGUGGAAGAGGUCGGAAAACCCAGAACGAGAAGACAAACCGCGCGAACUAAGAAGGAGAAACCUAACUCCGUUCCACCUUCAACCCCAUCUCCAAAGAGUGAAGAAGAGAAUGGUGGCGAUCUGGACCAUGUUGGACAGGUGGUGAGUGAUUUGAUCAUGUGGAAGGAUGCGUCAAAGUCAACCUUUUGGUUUGGUUUUUGUUCUCUUUGUCUCUUGUCUUCGUGCUUUACUCAAGGACUCAACUUUAGUGUUUUCUCGGCCUUGUCGCAAUUGGGGAUUCUCUUAUCGGGUGUUUCGUUUUUCUCGAAUUCGAUUUGUCAAAGAAACGAGGUUGAAGAAAAGAGGGAAAUCAAGCUGACAGAGGAUGACAUUUUGCGUCUUGCGAAAUUAAUUCUUCCUGCUCUGAAUUUUGCAAUUUCAAGGAUGAGAGCGUUGUUCUCGGGAGAACCAUCCAUGACCCUCAAAGUAGUUCCUUUCCUUCUACUAGGAGCGGAGUACGGCCACUUAAUUACUAUCCGGAGGCUGUGUGCCAUUGGAUUUGUUGUCAGCUUCAGUGUUCCAAAGCUUUAUUCUUGCUACACUGUUCAGAUAAACCAGAGAGCUGAGGGCUUGAAAUCAUGGUUGUUGGACACAUGGAGUGCUUGCACUCACAAGAAGAAAGUGAUGGCAUCAGCACUCAUGACCUUCUGGAAUCUAUCUUCAAUAAAAACUCGAAUUUUCACUGUUUUUAUAUUGCUCGUACUAUUCAGAUAUUUAAGGCAGCAUGUGGUACUACAAUUAGAAGACGGAGAAGCAAAAGUAGGAGAGAAGGAACAGCAGAAAGAUUCAGCGAUGGCAGAACCAGAGGAGAAGGAACCACAACAGGCAUUAGUUGUUAAGGAACAAGGGCGCCAAAACUAGCACCUUAGCUCUUUGUUAUGGGAUGUUUCUUUGUCCCUAUUUGUUGAACAUUCAUAAUCAAGAGUCAACAGUCAGUCAGAUGCCGUAAACUGAUUCAAGUUUGUCACACAAGUUAAACUUAAUCCAUCUGACUUCCCAUUUCAACAUGUAGUAUUGAUUUUCAAUAUUCAAUUGUGAGAAACUCAUUGUUUCUGUGCUAGCAUUGAAUUCUUCACUUUAAUGCACACCAAUCGGUAGUGUUUGGCCCAUCUUAA